GUGAACUUGCACCGCUGCUCUGUGUGUGUGUGUGUGUGUUUGACAUCGAGAGACAUUGUGGACCAGCAGCAGAGACAAUUUGGGACUGAAGACUGAGCGGCUUUAUUAUCUCUUAAUCCACAGACUCAGGCUCCAGCAGCCUCCCUUCCUCAACCAGUCAGGCCAGUGAAGUGCUACCUCCAACCCAGCAGAGAUGGCUCCCUCGCUGGCCACGGCUUUCUCCCGCCGCUGGUGGAUGGCGGUGACGGCGGUCAUUGAGAACCUGCUUUUCUCGGCUGUGCUGCUUGGCUGGGGGUCCCUGCUCAUCAUGCUCAAGUCAGAGGGCUUCUACUCCUACAUGUGUGAAGGACCUGUAAACAACUCCAACCUCAAUGCCACCAACACGACCUCUGCGCCGGCUGAGGAGUACUUGGAAAUGAAAGGCUGGCCCAUCUGCAAAGACCAGGACGAGAUGCUGAACCUGGCCUUCACCGUAGGCUCCUUCCUGCUGUCCGCCAUCACCCUGCCCAUGGGCAUCGUCAUGGACAAAUAUGGGCCGCGGAAGCUGAGACUUCUUGGCAGCGCCUGCUUCGCCUGCUCCUGCCUCCUCAUCGCCUACGGAGCCAGCGAUCCCAACAGUCUGUCCAUCCUGAUCUUCUUUGCGUUGGCGCUGAAUGGGUUCGGAGGCAUGUGCAUGACCUUCACCUCUCUGACGCUGCCCAGCAUGUUCGGAGACCUGAGGUCGACCUUCAUUGCCUUGAUGAUUGGAUCCUACGCCUCCUCUGCUGUCACUUUCCCCGGCAUCAAGGUGAUUUAUGAUCUGGGUGCCACCUUCAUCAGCAUCCUGCUGGUCUGGGCCGGCUGUGCCUGCCUCGUCUUCCUCAACUGCUUCCUCAAUUGGCCUCUAGAGCCCUUCCCUGGCCCAGAGGACAUGGACUUCACGGUGAAGAUCAAGUUCAGCUGGCUGGGCUUUGACCACAAGAUCACAGGGAAGCAGUUUUAUCGGCAGGUGACCACCGUGGGACGCCGUCUCAGCGUCGGCAACUCCAUAAAGCAGCAUAACCAGCAGCCCAAAGAUCUUGCUUCGCAGGAGGCCAACAAGCUGUGCCUGUCCACUGUCGACCUGGAGGUGAAGUGCAAGGGCAAGGACGAGACUCAGUCCUUCAUGAAAAGUGUCAUCAGUCCCAUUUUCAUGCUGAGCCUUAUCACCAUGUGUGUGACCCAGCUGCGCCUCAUUUUCUACAUGGGGGCCAUGAACACCAUCCUGGAAUCUCUGACAGAGGGAGACCUCAGCACAGUGAGCGUCUACACAUCCAUCUUCGGCGUGCUCCAGCUUUUGUGUCUGAUCACCUCUCCUGUGAUCGGCUAUGUCAUGGACUGGAAACUCAAAGACUGCGAGGAUGACAAGGACAAGAGCGGCAAAAGGGAGCCCGGUCAGCCCCGUCGCCCUGACAAAACCAUUCAGAAGAUCAAAAAUGCCACCAGAGCCUUCAUCUUCACCAACCUCCUCUUGGUUUGCUUUGGAGUCACCUGCCUAAUCCCCAAUCUGCCCCUUCAGAUUCUUUCCUUCAUUCUGCACACUAUUGUCAGAGGCUUCAUUCACUCUGCAGUCGGAGGCCUCUAUGCUGCUGUGUACCCGUCUUCUCAAUUUGGCAGCUUGACAGGCAUGCAGUCUCUGAUCAGCGCUCUGUUCGCCCUGAUCCAGCAGCCUCUCUUUAUGGCCAUGGUGGGACCCUUGGAAGGAGACCCUCUAUGGGUGAACGUGGGCCUGUUGGUUGUGAGCAUGCUGGGAUUCUGCCUGCCCUUGUACCUGCUGAACCACAGCCGCUACCUCCAGCGCAUCAGAGACGAGCAGGACGAGGAUCCCAAGAUUUACGUUAAGAUCAACAACGACAGCAAGCCUGAGGCCUUCGUCUAAACCGCAAGGAAGACUUAAAAAACCAGGGAGGACAGGCCACGCUAAAAAAAGAGAGAAGAAAAAGAAGAGAGGGGAGGGGAUCAAUUCAUUCACCCCUGUCUUCCCUUGUUGCUACCGGAGCCUCUCUCAGUUCAUCAGCACCCACACAUCCCUUACAUUCCCUGCACACACACACACACGUUUUCACACAUUAUACAAUACUGCCAAUCAUAUUUGGUGAAACCUCCCUGUUGUUACACACCGUGAGAAACCUGGCACACACACACACACACACACACACAUCUUUUCAAGCCCUCAUGGAGGCUGAACUGAGGAGAGAAUAGACUAACAGGAGAAAGAAGCAGAGCCAGACUCUUUAUAUGUCUCCCAAAUGACUCCUCUUCACAUCUUUUCUUCACUCUUGCCAAUUUUGAUUUAUGUGCCGUUACGUCUUUCACUAUCGGUCAGCUGGUUCAGCCUCUGUCGGUCUGUCCUCCCACUAUAAAAAAAAGAAGAUGCCAGCCAAUGGGAAGCCACAGUGAGGACAGUAUUGUACUUUUAAACCACCUCACGAAGAAACUGUUGCGUCAUGAACAUGCCAGUAACCAUGACGACCUUUGCUUUCCGACCGGUCCAGGUUCAUCUGUGGUUCUCUGAUGCAUGAUCGUCAUCUACUUGUCACCUUUCUAUCUUAGACAGCGCGGUUUUUAACAGAGAUGCCUGUUGUCUGUUUAUUUGUUAGGAUUUUAAAAAUAUUCUAAAUGUGGCACCCUCGGCCGUGGCAUCUGGAGGGCAUAAAGAAAAAAAAAAAAAAGAAAAAAAAAAAAAAAGGUUCCACAGACAGCAGCAGUAUUGGUAGCAGCUCAGCAGAUCGAAACACACAGUUUGAGUGAUAUGAUGCCUUUUUAAGUUAGUCAAGAAAACAUUGCAGUGAGAAACAGGUUUUUAUUGUUAGAUGAACUACACUGCAUGCCAGACACACUGCUGGUUUUACAUGAUAUUACUGUUUCACUAGCGCAGGAAGACACACUCAACUUGCCAUGUCAGUCUUUCGUGUGUUUGUAUCACCAGACUGUAUCACAUUUUGAAUAUUUUGUUGUUUUUCUCCAGUGUAUUUACUUGCAAUAUGAUCGCAGGCGUGUUGUCAAAUCUUUGUUCACUAUGUACGACGGUGUGACGACGCGGAGGAGGAAACGUGUUUAGAGUAGGUAGACGGGACAAAGAAGACGUAGUGUGCUUUUAAAGGUUGGAGUUGGCGUGGAGGUUAUUCUACCCCGCUCCACACACAUGAAUUUGAAGUCUUGAUUCAUCGUAGCAAUAAGUGCUUCUGUGAGGUGCUGGGCAACACGUAGACACACAAUCACGUACGCAGGCAAAUGUAUACAUUUUAUGGACUGUAUUUAAAAAAAAAAAGAAAAAAAGGUGCUAAUUAAAUUACAGAAAUGUGUUUUGCAUUUUGCUUAAAUGAGGAGUUGAGGUGACUUUACCACAAAGGCAACAAUUUGCCAUCAAAUUUUAAGCGCUAAACGCACAUGGUAUUUUUUUAAAUACAGGAUUCCAAAGAACCAGUCGAGUUUAUUAUUGUUUAUCACUACUUUGGUCUUGGUUUCUGAUACGUUUUGUGGUAAAUCUGCACCGUAACUCAAAGUGCAACUACAGCAGCAGCUCUGGGAAACUUGAACUCACCUCUUAUACACAAAGGGAGACUUAACACGGUUGAAGGAUAGCAGGUUGAUAAAGAUGCAUCCAGCUUCUCAUAAAAAAUGAAGCGUGAGACUUAUGAUGCUCAACGCAGCCAAUAAAGAGAGAGAGAGAGAGAGAGAAAAGCCCAGAACAGAAGAGCAGGGCGUGUGGAGGAGGCGAUAAAGAGAUAAUAAUCACCUGUUGGAUUCAGUCUGUUGUCUUCAAAUUGCCAUACCGUGAAGCUCCUCAGAUAUUUUCUACCUGGCAGUAACUCACAGAGGCACUUCCAAAGACAGCCAUGACCCUCAGAGUGCCUCUCUAUGUGUACAGAUGAUGGGAGGAGAUGAUCCAGGCAGGAUGUGGCACACCCAGGGCCCUCUCUCCCUCCCUCCCUCCCUCCAUCUAUCCAUCCAUCCAUCUAUCUAUCGCUUUCAUCUACUCAUUCAUCCGCGAAUAUGUCUUGAAAUGAUUGUCAGGCUACAGAGCUGAGAGACAAGCGUCUGCUGCCAUCAGAUGCUCCCAGUGAAUGACUUAGUGAGAAGUGAAUGGCACAUGAUGCACUUUAGACCUCUAAAAUGGACCUCAGUCGUGUAUUUUUUUUGAAUGGCCUGCCCCCACUGUAUUGUACACAUAGUGCAUAGCCGCUUACCAGUGGUGCAUGAUGCAGAGAAUGUAUACUCCGAGCUUCAGAUGUAGAUUUGUAAUGGCAGAACAUGAGUAUGGGAAAGAUAUGUUAUUUUUUUAUAUUCACAGAAUAGAAACUGACGCUUUAUAUGUUCAUUAUGUCGCCUUUUAUGUGCACGGACAGUGUGGCAGAAGCUCGUCUCUCAGCUCUCGGCGUGGACGUCAUCAGAUCUGUAUUCUGUAUUCAUCCUUAGUAAACUGCAUGAGUUCGUUAUCUAUAAAGGAGCAAAGAGAAAUGUAUGGAGUGACACGAGUGCCAUAAUUAUUUAAACAUGUUAUAUAAGAGUGACAUAUGUAGCUUUAGUGAAGUGGAAAAACAAAGUGUUCACAUGUGUUUAAAUGAGUUUGCAUAAGCAAAUUACAUUCACAAACAAGGUGAACAUUGUUAUUGUACACUUGGUGGACAGAUGUGUAGAAAAAUGAAAUCAUGCUGAAGACAGUAAUGAAUUCUUGCACAAUAUCACCAGUAUGUUUUUGCUUUUUUGAAUGUCAAUAUCCCGACCUAGGUCAAUGAACAAAAAGCAGCACCUUUUCAAUAACUUAAGUGUGGAUCAUGUGCAGGAAUUCAUUACAUUCUUUUGCAUUUCUUUAUUUUUGGUCAUUUCUUUAUGCGAUAAUUAAUGUUGUCAUGAGAACAUGUCUCCAUCCAUUAUCCAGUGUGAGGUGACAGAAGUCAAUGCAAGGUAGUCCAGAGCCUCAUCUCUAUAGAGACAAGAUGAAAGACAAGUCAGAUUUUUAAAAUGUUUCAAUAAUUUGUUCUCUGUAGAUGCGGACUUACAGACUUACAAGACUAAUUGACUAAAAGUGAGAAAAAAGUCUUUCUAUAAACACCAAUUUUGUACCUCAGACAUAUGAUAUUGUACAUUUUGCUCUGAAACAUGUGGAGUGUACUUUUUUCUUUUUUUUUUCAUGACACAAAAUUGUCUUAAAACACAUUCAAGUAAUUACGGCAUUCAUUUGACUCCAUAGAAAUGUAUCUAAUAGCAUGCUGUUGUGACCUGUAACUAAUGUCCACGUGGCUUGACAUGCUGUUAAGAUGAGAGAUAAAGGGCAGGUACAGAUAUAUAUACUCUGAUGCAGUACUUUCCUCCAGCACUAUGAAUGUUGGUGAUGAUAGACAUUGAUUUUUCAUUAGCCUGCAAACCCAUCCUGAGAUGAGUGAUGAGUUAGCAGUCAAAAAAACCCAUCAUUCCCACAAAAUAGGGAAACUAAUCAGCACUUUCCUUCACUGCCGUACCUUAAACGACUCACCCUGUCCUUGACGCCAUCACCUUCCUGAUCUGAUGAUAAUGAUUCAGCCCAGCCUCCCUAGGAUAAAGAUCCUGUCGUAGUUUGCUUUAUUGAUUGAUGUAUUGAUGGAUUGUUUAACCUCUGAAGAUGAAUCCUAGUGUCAGCUUUUGCUCACGGGUGUUUUUAUGGCUGUUUGUGGUGAUGGUAAAUGGGGGAUUUCAGCUGGAACACCAACGCCUUGUUUCCCUCCCUUAAGGAUGACCCUUUUGUGCAUUUUUCUACCUACCAUAGUUUUCUUGUCUUUUAUUUAGCUUUUUUUUUCUCCCUCUGAUGUUUACGAGAAUGUUGUAUUUUACAUGUUCUUAUAUUGUAUAUUUGGUUUUUUCUUGUCUUGUACCACAGUAUAGCCAUUGUCAUUGACAUUUUAAGUCAUGUUUCAACUGAAAGACAAAAAUACAGAUCAAUAUAUGAAGCAAAAU